AUGUGGUCUCCCAAGAAACUCCAAUUGCCUUCAUUUUUGUCCUCUUUUUCUUCUACUUUGGUUUUCUUGAUUGUCAUCCCUUUGGUUCUUGUUUUAGUCCUUGCUUGUACAUUAGGCCCUCAGAGUUCUUAUGUACUAUCAUUUAGUUCUUCUUCUUGGACAUGGAGAUCAGUUGGAUUAUUAAGGUCUUUGACAAGUUAUGAAGAGAAAGAUCAGCAUUUGCAAGUAGUUGGCCUGGUUACUUUCAACAACUCAGCAAAAGUCUCAUUUUAUAAUCGACCCCUCGGAGAAGGAGUUGAAGAUAUUUGGAAGGAUGAAAUGAAUGAAGGAGAAGAGCAUAGCGAUGAAACGACUGGAAUAGUUAAAAGGUAUAACAGGUUGGAAAGGCAUGAGGCCAUUUUAGCAAAAGCAAGGUCAUCCAUAAGAGAAGCUGCUAGAAAUGGAAGCAUGAUGUCGAAUCAUCAAGAUCCUGAUUAUGUUCCUCAAGGUCCUAUUUAUCGUAACACAAAUGCCUUUCACAGGAGCUAUCUUGAAAUGGAAAAGAAGUUCAAGAUAUAUGUGUAUGAGGAAGGUGAACUUCCAAUAUUCCAUAAUGGUCCAUGUAGGAGUAUAUAUUCAACAGAAGGAAGGUUCAUUUAUGAAAUGGAAAAGGGAAAUAUGUACAGAACAAAAGAUCCAGAGGAGGCUUUAGUUUAUUUCCUCCCAUUUAGUGUGGUUGUAAUGGUUAGAUACCUAUAUGUCUCUGGUGGCCCUGACAGUAGGCAUGUCAUUGGUAGAACAGUUGCUGAUUAUAUUCAUGUCAUUUCUUCAAGACAUUCCUUCUGGAAUACAAGUCUUGGUGCUGAUCACUUCAUGCUCUCCUGCCAUGAUUGGGGGCCACACACGACUUCAUACGUGCCACAUCUCUUCAACAAUUCAAUAAGAGUUCUAUGCAAUGCGAAUACUACAGAAGGAUUUAAUCCUCAGAAAGAUGUAUCAUUACCUGAAAUCAAUCUCAAGACGGAUGAUACAAUAGGAAUCAUUGGAGGUCCAUCACCAUCAAGACGAUCAACUCUUGCUUUCUUUGCUGGUGGUUUACAUGGUGCCAUAAGGAACAACUUGAUGCAACAAUGGAAAGGGAAAGACCAAGAUGUUUUGGUUUACGAAGAACUUCCACCAGGAAAAUCCUAUGAAACUAUGUUGAAGAACAGCAAGUUUUGCCUGUGCCCGAGUGGCUAUGAGGUUGCAAGCCCAAGAGUUGUUGAAGCAAUUUACGCAGAGUGUGUUCCUGUGUUGAUUUCAGAUGGUUAUGUACCACCAUUUAGUGAUGUAUUGAACUGGAAUGCUUUUUCUGUGAAGGUGGCUGUGGAAGACAUACCGAACAUCAAGAAGAUACUGAUGAGUAUUUCUCAGACUCAGUAUUUGAGAAUGCAGAGGAGAGUGAAACAAGUUCAAAGGCAUUUUGUGAUGAAUGGACCUCCAAAAAGAUUUGAUCUUUUUCACAUGAUUGUUCACUCUAUUUGGCUAAGAAGAUUGAAUAUAAGAGUUUAG